CCAAGAUCCCCACCGAGAACUUUAACAUUUCUGAGUGUUCCAGCACCGACCAAGUGGAGUCUUCAUGAAGCAAUAUUUGAUCUACUACAAGAUGAGGCUGAGAACAUCGAGGUUAGGUUAUCUGGUACUUCAGUUCACGGCGCUUUGCUUUUACGCACAGAACUCCGUGCAGACUCCUCCGAACUUCAAGCAGCAUGUGACCGAGCAGAGCCGGCUGUCGGACCGGAUGAGCCGCAGACUGACCCGAACCUACCAGCUGUACAGCCGAACCAGCGGGAAGCACGUGCAGGUUCUGGCCAACAAGAGGGUCAACGCCAACGCGGAUGACGGCGCCGUGCACGCAAAACUGGAAGUGGAGACGGAUUCUUUUGGGAGUCGUGUUCGAAUCAAAGGAGUGAAGACUGGAUACUACAUAUGUAUGAACAAGAGGGGGAAGCUGACUGGGAAGAGAAAAGGACGAGGCAAAGACUGCAUCUUCACCGAAAUCGUCCUGGAGAACAACUACACGGCGCUGCAGAACGCCAAGUACGAGGGCUGGUACAUGGCCUUCACGCGCAAAGGCCGCCCGAGGAAGGCGUCUAAAACCAAGCAGCACCAGAGGGAGGCCCACUUCAUGAAGCGCUUACCGCGGGGGCACUUACGGAGCGAGAGGAGGCCGUUUGACGCCCUUCCUCUGCCUGUCCCCGCGCAGUCUUUUAGCAAGCGGACUAAACACUCCCAGCACCAUCAGCGCUCCGGGGGACGCUGA